UCAAGUAGAUCGUUACGUCAUCAAACGUCAUGUAAAUACUAUCAGCUGGGUCUUUUUCCUAGCAGGGCUGGCUUGGGUUCCUGGUACUGUACCUCUUUCGGAUCUGUCAUUUCACCAAGACGGAAUGAGAGUUUGACUGAUCUCAAAUAAGACUAUCAACACUCGAGUUAAAUUGACGGUUUGGAGGAAUCUCUCGCUUGUUUCGUUAUAGUUUAGCCAGUUUUCUAUGCUAGCUGGUUAGCAAAGUAGCGUAGGCUAUACGUUAGCUAGCUAACAACGGUGAACGGUAGCCAACUCUAGCAUAGAGAGACUGGAAAUAGACUUCAUUGCAUAACGUUAACUGAGAGAGAAGCUAGUUUACUGACAUAAUUAGCAUCCAUAUUCUGUGAAAGUGACAGUGAAUGCUCAAUUCUAAGACUUAACCAGUCAAGGGUUGUUACUUUGCUAACCAGGGCAGGGAGGCUAUUCAACAAGCUAACGUUAGCAUUCAGCUAGAUCAGAAUGCCCUGACUGAGCUUGUGCGGUAAGUUUGGGGAGAGCUGCUGUGCGUACGAUAAUAGAUUUUCUGCAAGGCUGAAAGCUUCCAGGGAGAGGAGUUGUUUUCAUUCAGACGUGUCCAGGGCAGGGGCCUUAACGAACGUCUUUCUCACUAAAAAGAAGCUAUAGACAAUCGUCUCCCAAAUGUUGACAGAAAACAGGAAGCGGCGGCGUGGUGGAGACAAUGAGGGGGACCAGCUGAACCCCCAGGCCAAAAGGUCAGGAGGGGGGCAGGAGGGUCACGUCAUGGUGUCCAAAUUGGGCCAAGAUGUUUGGGACUCUGAGUCAUCCAGCAGUGACAGCAGUAGUGGUAUCAGUAGUCCUGAGAGGGCAACGGGAGGAGGUAGCACAUAUACGAAGAACAGCACGUCCCAGGGUCUCCUCAGACCCUUGCCAGAAGACCCUUCCAUUUCCUCGUUGAGUCUUUAUGGCAACGACACCCCCUAUGACCACAUCAACAGUGUCCUGAGGGAGGCCCACUUCAGCAGUCUGCAGACCAGAGGUCAACCAGGAUCUACGUGACCUCAUCCCACCUCAGACCCUUGUUACCCCACUGGAACAAGCCCCUGGGUAGGAUCCAGGAAGAAGUUGCCCAUAGGCUCAAAUCUAGAAUAAACUUACCCCAGAUUUGUGUCCAGGAGCAACUUCAUCCUACUGGAAUUCAGGAUGUGGCAGAUGUGGGUAAAGAUCCUUUGGGCUCUGGACCCAAUCCAUACCAUUGUCCCUGUGCUGUACACCUUGAAAUGUGCCAUACAGAAAGCACACCUACAUAUCCAAUGGCCCACCCACUGUGGUACUACUAUAUGCAGUAUGUAUGUACUCCAGCACUUUACUGAGGGGUCUACUAUUCUGUGGUGGUCUCCUUACAUGAGUGAGUUGUUGUUGGACAUUAUCAUCGCCACUGGUGCUAUCUACUACAGACAGACAUCGGUAUGAGUGUCUAAGUGCUUGCUGUAGCCUAAUUAAUAAAGUGAAGCACUUUAUCCUGCCUGUUAUAUUUUCUUGUCUAGCCCAGUACUCAUGCUGUUUCUAUGCAUAGCUGAGUGUGAGUUGAUGUUGAUUAGUUUCUGUGAUUACUUUCUAUGAUCAUCACAUUGGCCUAGAUGAAAUCCAGAAAGAGAAUUUCAAGCCACACUGCCAAGCUUCUUGAACUGAUAAGGCGAGGUUCUUUACAGAAUAAAGGUUUGAGUUUG